AUUCUGGUUCGAAACAAGUCAUAAGACACGCCUCCUUUGUAUGUGGCACGCCCUUCUCCGGCCUCCCCGCGGUGUUUAUUUUUAUUGACACCUUAAGGUGUCAAUAAAAAUUGCCAGACGGAGGGUUGACUUGAACUGGACAGCAGGCUGACCCUUGAGAAAUGAGUCCAAAGGAUGACAGGUGGGACUCCAGUCUCGACCACUUCAUCAACUUCUGGUGGUCAGAGGUCAUGAAGAAGGUCAAGGAUGCAAUUGUCUUCAUUGACAAUCCAGCAGCUGAAUGUUUGCACUGGAACUUGGGUGGUGCUCAGGCACUCUUCAACGCAGGGGCUCUUGGCGUGAAGGAACUCUCACCCCUUGAGACUGGAACAAAAGAGCAGCAGAAAGCAGUUUUCCUCACUUCAGAAGAUGUUGGUGGAGUUACGGAGAUGGCAAUCAGAGACAUAAUCCUUGGCUCAAGGUUCGAGCAUUGCAUCGUGAUCACCGCAGCGCCUGCCACAAUUCACGCCUCCAUCAAAGCCACCGACAGUCAACCAGUAGACGACCCUAACAAUCUCCGAGCUUUUGUGGAGCUGGAAAAUCGACUUCUGCGCUGGAUGGGAAAUGCUUAUUGUCCUCAGCAGUCUUACACCAGUGAAGUUCUCUAUUGUCCUUUGUUUGCUGCUCAACUGCAGGAAAAUGUUUUUAUCAUGCCACCCUUCAGUGAUUUUAUGGGCGAAUUAGGCCCCCAGGCUCUGGAAAAGAAAUUCAGCAUCAACCCAAAGCAUAUGGACCACUUGGCAGCAUGUCUGCACAGCCUGAUGGCCUUCUUUAGCGCUAGGGAAGACGUUUUCAGUGUCGGAGAAUUGAGCUCUGCUUUGGCUGCAAAAUUGGAUGCCCUUCCAGCAGCAAGAACUAGAAGAAAGACAGCACAAAAUCGUCUCAGCAUAAUUCUCUUUGACCGAGGGUUGGAUUUGGCCACGGGUUGUAAUUCCGACACAUCCAACUGCCUCUUGGACCGCAUUCUCUCUGUCCUUCCACCUUUCCCUGGUCAUUCAGCUGAGAGAUGUGUCGACAUGUCUUCACUUUGCAUUGCCACAAGAAAAGCUCCAUCUGGUCUCCCAUUGCCACUUGUCCCAGGCUGUGCUCUUCAACCUGCAGGAAUUUCUACAUUUAUUGAAGCAUCCUCCGUAAAAGAGGGACUUCUGAGUGUCCAACGAAGCAUCCUCGAAGCCUCAAAAGGUACCCCGACUAUUCGAGUCACAGCCGAGUCUCUGGCAAAGCGAGCAAAAGCGCUUGCACUUCACGGAGGCCUCCAGCAACAUGCCAAUUUGCUCCAACAAUGUCUGGCGGUAAUUCAAUGUACUGGAGGACCCGAUUCAACAUCUUUGGAGCUUUUGGCUGGAAUGCAAAAAGUCCUUGUCCAAAAUUUAGCAGUCGAAGAUGGAGAAAAAGGAUUUUCAGAUGUUGUCAAACAGAUCACAGCAUUGCUGAAAACUAGGAAGGAACGAGAUUUGAAACUCGAUGCUGUUAUUCUGCUUUUGAUCCACAUAUUUUCUCUUGCGGGAUCAGAACAUAACCUUAUUGUGUCUGCAGCUGAAGAAAUCAAAGCAGCAGAAGCAGCACUUUCUGAAGCCUUGCUGGAAGACUGCCAAGCCUCGGAGAAUAACUGGCCUGGCGUCAUAAAUGAUGAGGUGCAGUCUUCUAGAGUGUCAAGUGAAAUAUUCAAAAAGCUGAAAUUUGUAGCGGAGGCAAGGAGGAAAAUGACAAAAUACAGGAAUCUUAUUACUAGGCAAAGCUCCCAGCAGCCAGCUACAGUGACUCCGCUCUUGCCAACUAUCGUCGAUGACUGUUUGAACAAAAACAAUUCACCGGAACUCAGUUCUGACAUUAUUUGUUCUAUUCAGGGAAGCUCUCGAGGCGCGCUAGGGUUAUUCCUUGGAUCUGCCAAGACCCAUCCCUCUGAUAAUCCCUUGAUUGUGGUCUUGGUGUUGGGUGGCAUCACGGGAAGUGAAAUACGAGCCAUUCAGAACUCUGCGUCCCUCAACGGGAAGCAUGUCAUUAUUGGUUCCACUAGACUCAUCACUCCUAGAGACUGCCUCCAUUAUGUUUAUCCUACUGCUUUGGUCACUCCAAUUCUGUGAUAAUUUUUGGAUUUUAAUUUAAAAAAAAUUGGUUAUUUCAUUAAAUUGUAGAGUAUAAACAUAGAAAAAUAUUGUAUUUUAGAUGUAUAUUAUAUACAAUUCCAUUCAACUUAUGACUUGAAAGUUAAAAGGGAGUGGGAGAGCGUUUAUACAUAAUAUAUAAUGUUAACUUUCAAACAUUGUACCGUGGGAACGUCUUUAUAGAAAGGCAUCAAAAUGCUUUUAAGAUUGCAGGAAAGGGGAGAGGUGGUGUUGUUGAACUACUUUGAUGUUUCAAAAAAAAAAUUAAUUGAAAAUAAGAUACAUGCUUUAAAAGCUUUCACUAAUAUUCAAUUCAAAUUUUCCAAAUUUGUACUUUUUUUAUUUUUAAACCAUUCUUUUGGAAAGAUUAGUUAGAGGUAGAAGGGAAAAACUUUUUAAUCAUAGUUCAUGAUGUUUGCUGCACUUGUUCAGGGGCUGGGGGCUUAUCAUACACUUGCUGUUUGUGUAAUGAGAAAAACUGGUUAAUCGAUUUACCAUUUCAUCGAUAUACAUAAUGUAAAAUGUUUCCUCCUCUUCAGGUUUAGUUUAUCGCAGAUUUAUCGUUUAUCAAUAAAACUUUUUAAGAUUA